AUGGACACUUACGUAUGUGUACCGAGCGAGUUUUGCCUUCGCAUGGGCCGGUUUGUACAAGGGACCGAGAAGGAAAUGAAGAAACCAGGCCUGCAGCCGAAGCAGUCGUGGGGGUUGAGCGUCUGGACCACGGUACCCCUCUGCACUGGAACACGCUUUGAUGCUCUACAAGGCUCGGUAGUUGUUGCUCCGCGAGCAAGAUUCGGUGGUAAUGGGCAAUAUCCUCAGGUAUGGCGUAACUUCGGAUGCUACGAAGAGGUACGUCAUGAUGGUACUAAACCUGAGCGUUAUUGUAACUGGGUGUGUUUCCUUCAAUCAACAAUUCAUAGAAGCCAGGCGAAUAUUGUGGUCUACAAAGCAAAAGGGAAGCCAGUGUUUGAGGUGACCCAGGUCAUCUGUGCUUGCACGGAAUUGGUUGCAUUCUUCCAAGUUACGGACCACAGUAUUCGUAGAAUACUCAGUACAAAUACAAAUGCGCACGGUACAUUGAUGUCUACCAACUCGACCGGAAAGCCUGCACCAAUAAAAGACUCCAAAUCACCGGGGGGCUUGGCGGCUCGUGGGCUCCUUCAGGAUGGUACAUCAAUGGGUACCUCAUUGACACCACUGGGUACCUCAUUGACACCACCACUGGGUACCUCGUCGAUAUCAAUGGGUACAUCAUUGACGCAAAUGGGUACCUCAUUGACACCAAUGGGUAGGCCUACCCCAUUGACACCAAUAGGUACCUCAUUGAUGAAGAAGAUACCAUUAUGGACGUCACCUCGUAAGGGCAAGGAGAGGACGUCACUGCCGUGCCAAGUAUGCGGGAAGGCAUUUGACAGACCAUCAUUGCUAAGACGUCAUACGAGAACACAUACAGGUGAGAAGCCUCAUGGUUGCACAGUGUGUGGUAAAGCGUUCAGUACGUCCAGCUCUCUCAAUACUCAUUGCCGUAUUCACUCAGGAGAGAAACCUCAUGUAUGUGGGAUAUGCGGCAAGAGGUUCACAGCCAGCUCCAAUCUCUACUAUCACCGCAUGACGCAUAGAAAGGACAAACCGCAUAAAUGUACGAUGUGUUGCAAGUCCUUCCCCACCCCAGGGGAUCUACGAAGUCACAUGUUCGUCCACAACGGUUCCUGGCCGUUUAAAUGUCAUCUUUGUAACCGUGGAUUCAGCAAACAUACCAACCUGAAAAACCACAUCAUGCUCCAUACAGGUGAGAAGCCGCAUGUAUGUGUACAGUGCGGUAAACGCUUUGCUCUGGUCUGUAACCUCAAAUCCCAUUCAAAGACACACCAAGGGAGACAUGAUACCAUAGCUUGCAGAUCAAAGGUGCAUCUCACAGGUGCAUCUCACUAA